AUGGCCCACCUAACCGAGGGGAUCUCCUAUGAGUUACAAGAUGCCAUCACCAGGUUCCUGUGGCCCAAGGAGGUGGGGCUGCUGACGGCCGUGCAGCUGCAGGGGAAAGUUCAGGCUGAAGAGCGUGUCCUGGCACUACUGCCUUGGAGAGCCUAUCUGCUUCUCUCUGCCCUCCCGGUGCGGGUAGACACCACGUUCAGUUACCUCGAGGUGCGAGAGAUUGGACUGCGGGAGACACCCCCCCAGCUGACCAUCGAAACAGAGCCACUGGUGCUGAGCCUGCGGCUGCCUGGACCUGGAGUACUGGAGCAGGCUGCCCUGCAUAUCGCCACUGCCAUCAAGAAAGUCUUUCCAGAGUCCUCCCUGGGGAAGCUGUUCAAGAUGUCCCCUCCGGCCUUGUUGGCCCGGCUGGAGCAGCGGAGUGGCGCCCGGGAGGAGAAGGAGCCCGGCGGGCGGGGGCCGUGUGGUGGAUUCUCGGAGACGUACGCCGCUCUGUGCGAUUACAAUGGGUUCCCUUUCCGGGAGGAAAUCCAGUGGGACGUGGACAACAUCUACCACAGCCAGGAUUGUCGGCACUUCCGACUGCGGGACUUUAGCCACUUGCACAGUCGGGACAUGGCCCUCAGUGUGGCAGCCCUGUCCUACAACCCAUGGUUCAACCGCCUCUCCUGCAAGGACUUCAAACUGAGCCUGGAGAUCUCGGAGCAGAUGCUACACAUGCUGAGUAAAUCGGUUCGGCUGGAGGAGCUGGUGCUGGAGAACUGUGGCCUGAGAGGAGACUUUGCGCAACGCCUGGCCCAGUCCCUGGCCGAACAUCCCCGCUCAGCCCUCAGCUCCCUCAGCCUGGCUGGGAACCUGCUGGAGGACAGAGGGGUGGCUGCACUGAGUCGGUACCUGGAGAAGCGGCCAGGGGCUCUGACCACCCUCAACCUGUCUCGGACUGGGAUGAGCACCAGAGGAAUGAAUGCACUGUGCCAGGCCCUGCUCACCAAUCCUGCUUUUGCCUCCUCCCUGGGCCACCUUGACCUCUCAGGCAACCCAGGGGCAUUGAGCACCGAGGAUUCUGGGAGCCUGCACUGCUUCCUGAGCCGUCCCAAUGCUGUGACUCACCUCAACCUCUCCGGGACCGACUGCGCUCUGGACACGCUCUUCGGUGCACUGUCCCGUGGCUACUGCACCAGUCUCAGCCACCUGGAUGCUUCAAGAAAUGUCUUCUCCCACACGCGGAGCCGGGUGGCCCCUGCUGCCCUUCAGAUCUUCUUCAGCCUGGCGGGGGGGUUACACCACGUGGGCCUGGCUGGUACCAAGUUGCCGCCUGAAGCACUCAGGGCUGUGCUUCAGGGCCUGGCCUUCAACACUCAGAUCAGCGAUGUUCACCUGGACCUGACCUCCUGUGAGCUCCGCUCGGCUGGAGCCCAGGUGAUCCAGGACCUGAUUUUUGAUGCCAACUCAGUGACCACCCUGGAACUUUCAGACAAUGGGUUUGACUCGGACAUGGUAACCUUGGUGCUGGCCAUUGGGCGGAGCAAGUCGAUCCGGCACGUCUCCCUGGGGAGAAACUUCAACAUCAAGUCCAAAGAGUCCCUGGAUGAUGUUCUGCACCGCAUUGUCCAACUGACCCAAGACGAUGACUGUCCCCUGCAGUCCCUGUCAGUAGCUGAGUCCCGGCUGAAGCUGGGUACCCACGUCCUGCUGAAUGCACUGGGAAGCAAUACCAGUCUAACCACUCUGGACAUCAGCGGCAACGCCAUGGGCGACCCGGGUGCCAGAGCACUGGCCAAGGCGCUGCAGAUAAACACCCGACUCAGGACAGUGAUCUGGGAUCGGAACAACACGACUGCCCAAGGCUUUCUGGAUGUUGCCUAUGCCCUGGAGAGGAACUACACGCUGAAGGCCAUGCCCCUGCCUCUGAGUGAUGUAGCCCAGGCCUAUCGCAGCUGCCCGGAACGGACAACUGAGGCUGUGCACCAGAUCCAGGCCUGUCUCCUGAGAAACAACCACACACGCCGGGCAUUGCCUGACCAUGCCUUCCGCCUCCAGCAGGGCAUAGUCACUAGCUCCUCUGAGCAGAUGGUGAACGAGAUGUGCGUGACAGUGCAGGAGCACAUGGAACUGCUGGGUUGCUGCCCGGGCAGUCAGGCUGAGGCUGCCCUGCUCCAGGCCGAAGAUGCCAUCCGGGAUGCCAACUUCUCCAUCAGUAUUCUGCCUGUUCUGUAUGAAGCUGGGAACGCCCCAUACCACAACAGCCGACUGCAGCAGAAACUGGAGGGCCUCCUGGAAGAGGUGGGCCAGGCCUGUCACCAGGAAAUCCAGACCUUUGUGCAGGCCACGCUGGACACCACCCAAAGCCUAUGCCCAUGGGUGCUGCAGCGACCGGGCCGGCGGGAACAACUGGGCAGUGCCAUCUCCAGCCAAGUCAGCCGGCAGGACCACCUGCGACUCAGCCUUCUACUAGAGCAGCUGCUCACCGAUGUCUUCAACAAGCUUAAUGAAAUCAAACUGUCAGUCACUGCAGCGGUGGCUGAGCGCAUCAUUGAUGAAGUGGUGGAGGACUUGAGUGCGGCGCAAAGUGGGCUGGUGGAGAGCCUGUCCCAGCUCACACCGGAACUGCCCCCUUCUCCUCUCCUGCCGGAUGGCCCUGAAGAUGAGCUUACGGCUAAGAAGUGUCGAGCCCCACAGGAAGGGGCUGAGAGGAGCUUGGCAGGGGAGGAGGACAAAGUCGCCCAGUGGAGGAGGAACAAACACAGCCGAAGCAUCCGGCCUGCUCCCGCCGUCCAAUGUCCGUCGGAGGAGCUGGAGCCGGCGUUGGCUCCGGAGGAAGAUGCGGAGCCGGCGGGCGGGCAGCCGGCGGGGCUGUCAGUCAGCUGCUCCCCCGGCAGAUCCCGCCCUCCCCCGGCCCCCACCAGCCCCGGCCCCGUCUCCGCCGCCGGCAGCCCCGCAGCUCGGCAGCCCCCUAUGGACUUGCCGGCCCCGGGCCCGGUCCUGGACCACCCGACCCGGGCCAGGCCCAGACCUCGCCGCCAGCACCGGCAGCCGCCCGGCCGCUUCCAUGUGCCCCCGGCUGUCCCCGAGGAGAAUGGGGCAAGCACACGGGUGGAUGAGGGUGUGGAGGAGUUCUUCUCCCGGAGGGUGAUACAGCGGGAGCGGCUCCUGUCCACCUUGGGCGCGCCCCCGGACCACACUGGCCCGUCCCCGAGUGGCCGCACGCUUCGGAAGAAGCUGGGGACCUUGUUCGCCUUCAGGAAGCCUCGGUCAGCGCGGGGUGGGAGCAGCCGGGCCGAGCCAGAAGGGAGCCCUGGGGCUGCCCGGGGCCGCAAGGCCACGCUCACUGACCUGCUCCGGCCGCCCAGCCGGCCCGGCCGUGGGGAUGAGGUGGGGGGCUCUGAGGGAGGGCCCAGCGGCACCCCUGACCCUGCCCGUCGGAGUCGGCCCCGCUAUGCCCGUGAUGGCAAAGCCCAAUCCCUGAUCCUGCUGCCUGGGGACGAGGAGGAGGCAUUAGGGGUGCGGCCAGACAAGCGGCGGCCCCUGGAGCGGGGGGAUACGGAGCUGCCCCCCUCGUUUGAGCAGCGGGUGCAGGUGAUGCUCCAGCGUAUUGGAGUGGGCCGAAGUGGGGCCGAGGCCAAAAGGAAGCAGUGCAAAGAUGGGGAGAUCAAGAAGGCUGGCUCUGAUGGUGACAUCAUGGACAGCUCGACCGAGUCCCCGCCCCUCUUGCUCAAGUCCCGCACCCACUCAGUCUCUGCAGACCCGUCAUGCCGCCUGGGCCCAGGGAGCCGGGGGGCCGGUCAGGGGGGCUGGAAGGCGCUGGGGCAGCAGCUGAACGCAGAGCUCCGGGGGAGGGGCUGGGAACGGGCCGCAUCACCCUCUCGGACUCCCUCCCCUGCUCGCUGCCCUGCUCUGCUGCAGCCAGAGCCUAGUCCCCUCCAUCCCAGCCUGGCUCGGGGCUCCCCCGCUCGCAGGACCAGCAACGCCGGGGACACAAGGCCCCCCCGGCAGUUGGGCCCAGAGGCCUGGAGUGAAGACAAUCGCCUGACGCCCCACAUCUGGGGAAGGGCUCCAGCCGCCCGGCGAGCCGUGUCCGUGCACGAGGAGCAGUUCCAGACACCGGCCUAUGGGACGGUGCCGGACGAGAGUCAGGUGCCCAUGCGGCUCCAGCGCUCACCUGUCCUCAAACGUCGACCCCGAGCUGAGGUCUCACCUGCAGCUUCCCCCUCGUUGGGUCUGGGUUCAGCCCGGGACCCGGAGCACCGCCGGCCGGGGCCCGAGGAGCCAGAUGCCCCCGCGGGCGGGACGGCCCCAGCCGGAGAGCUGCCUUCUGGGCUAGAGCCUCCCCCCACCAGUCCUCUGCUCACCGGCACCAACCGAAGAGCAGAGAGCCCUGACCCCUGACCUCUGACACCAAUGCCGCAUGAGAUUAUUUUAUUAAAAAACUAAACUGUC